UUGUCCAGGAAAAUAUUACAGUUACAAAUGUAUUAUUACAGCAUUAACAUUUAUUUGCAUAUUUUGACGUCUUUAAAGAAAAUAUGAUACAUUUACCGACCCUAUUUUAGCUUAAAUAGUUAAAGAUUUUCUUUUACUUUUGGUUUUAUUUAGCCAGGAAAUACUUUUCUUUCAAAAUAAAAUAAAAUGGAAAAGCAAGGAAAUAAAGAGCGCGACACCGCCCUCUUGUGGUCAACCGGUAUCAAUGCACCCAGGUUCAGGCAGGGUCAGUUGGUUUUAUAACCAACACCCAGUAGGGGGGAUUUAAGUACUCUGGCAUUGUGGGUAAUUGCUCUGGGUUGCUCACAAAAAUAAAAAAUAUAUAUAUUCUUUUGAGAUGCUUUUAGUUUCCAAAUUGAGACUUUAUCAUCCUAGCUUGUUUUAGUGUGUGUAAACAGCUGUUUUAUGAACACAACAGACAUCAAUAAAACUAAAGGGUUUUUGUAAGAAAUAUAUUUUUAUUAUUAAAAGAAAAAGUAGGAAGAUUAAUAGUUUCAAACUGAUUUUGAGCUUGUUUUCUUUACUGCACAUAUUAUAUAAGGAGGCAGCUUUUGAGAAGAGUAUAGACUCUUCUAGAAGGCAAAGUGUGGCUACUAUAUCUGGCAUGGUAGCCCCCCUUCCCAUCCCCACACCCCUCGACAGGCUGCUCAAAUAUCACACCAGAAGAAACUUCUGUGUCCCGCUCAUUCACACAGACCAACAUGACAGAACCAGGGAGAAGUGUUCAGGAACCCGAGGUCAAAUCCAUGGCGUUCAGGUCUCAGAAGGAGAUGUUUGAGAAGAUGGAGGAGUCUUUUAAAGUCUGCGCUCACUGUGAAAAACGACCAGAUCAGCUGUCAGGGUCACGGAGCUUAAAGCGCUGUGCCAGAUGUCUGAAUGUUUACUACUGCUGUAAAGAGUGUCAGAAAGAGGACUGGUCCAAACACAAGAAGUUCUGCUCACAGUUGCGUCAGGCGGCCAUCGAUAGAGUCGUGGAGUGGCUUGUGUUUAAAGGAGAUCUUCCAUUCCCCACUGACAAAUGGUCAAAGCCCCAGUCGGAGGUCAAAGGUUGGGACGACUGGCUUGUCAUGCAGGGAGAUCUCAACCCACGACUGGAUCCCAUCGUAAACGGGGAAAAUAUGAAGAACUUGUGGACUGACGGCAGGCCUCAGCCCAGCGAUGAAGAACUGAGGCAGUCCCUGUGGAGGGUCUGCAGUGAGUUCUUCUCCAGACCCCUGACGAUAGCCUGGGGAAUGAGGCUGUUCGGCCUCGACCCCUGCUCCAAACCCCUCACCGUCCAUCUGGUGGGAGCGGGCCACAACGAGACGCUGGCGGCCCGACUCACUGACUACGACGAGCUCAACCACAUGUUUCCUGGCCACCAGGGCAUUGAGAUCGUCAUGGUUGGACCGGAGGUGGUGAACGGCCCCAUUGUGAGGCCUCCUCUGAGGGCGUUCGGCCCCAAGCAGAGGGUCUACAUCAGCGCCUAUAAGGGCCUCUACCAUCAGUUCUGGGAGGAGGUGGUGGAGAAGGAGGAAGCGGCCAAACCGGAUCUGGUGGUUGGAUUUCAUCCAGGCUUUGAUGCCAGUCAAGCCUUAGACGAGGGCUGGCUUCCCACACUUCUGCUCCUCAGGGAUUACGAGAUUCCUUCUCUUUUCACGGCUCUCAGUGAGACAGAGAUGACCUACUCUCUGCAAAUCCUGCUGGAGCUGGAGAUGGACAUGAAGGGCAGUGGAGCCAACCCCUUUGGGUCGCUGAAGCCAGAAGUGGUGGGCUCGUCUCCCAACAGGCCUCCUGUCUACUGCAACUCGCACUACUUCUGUUUUCAAGGCCUGUUGGAAACUGUCGAGUUUGAUGAACCAGAGGAAACGACAACUGCAUGAGUGCUUGUUUAUAGUUUAGAUAUCUUAUUUUUAUGUUACAAAUGUAAAAAAUAUGAAUAAUAAAUGUGUAAGUGUAUCUAACAUUAACCAAUGAUCUUUUAAUUCCUCGUCUUUAU